UUGAAUGGCGUCUACCUCAAAAAGGCGGAGCUGGCAGGAUGUUCCGGCGGAGCUGACAGAAUCGAUACUUAGGCGAUUAGGCGCAAUUGAUUUGCUGCUGAGUGCUCGGAAAGUGUGCAAAAUGUGGCGUCGGAUCUGCUCCGACCCUAAUUUAUACCGGGUCGUGGAGUUUUGGUACACGGGUGACCCGGAUGAGGUUAUAAACUAUAUUGUCCAAUAUAUAGCUCGCAAAGUGGUAGAGUUGAGCUGUGGACAGUUGGCCCUGUUUUCCAUCACUUAUUUUGCGGAUGAUCGUCAUCUUAAUUAUGUUUUGCGAAGAUCAAGCCAGUUGAGAUGUCUACAUCUUGCAUCUUGCAAGAAAAUUACAGCUGAACGAUUGCUUAAAGUGGUUUAUAAUCUUCCAAAGUUAGAUGAGCUCCAUCUCUACUGCAUUGAUAUAUCUAAGCACGUUGUUCGAGCUAUAGGGCAUUGUUGCCCUCAGCUGAAAACAUUCAGAUUGAACUACCACGGUAAUAAAGAACAAUGUAUUGGGUUUGACAAGAAUGCUCUAGCUAUUGCAGAAAACAUGCCUGGAUUAUGCCAUCUGCAGCUCUUUGGAAAUACAAUUACGAGGAAUGGUUUGCUUGCCAUUCUUAAGAAUUGCCCUCAUCUCGAAUCUCUUGACAUAAGGCAAUGUUUCCAAGCUGGUAACCUUGAACCUGCUUUAAUAAGAUGUCUAUCUCACCGGAUGAAGUAUCUCAGGCUCCCAUAUGACUCCACCGAGGACUCUGCACUAAAUGACAUUUAUGCGUUGUACUCUAACGGCGACGACGACUACUACUACUACGAUGAUGAUGAUCGUUAUAUACUAUCUGAUAUUGAGAUUGUCCCUGAUGACUAUGGAUAUCACAGUGAUGGCUAUGAUUAUUAUAAUGAUGACUAUGAUUAUAAUGAAAACUCUGGAGGCAGUGACAUAGAUUCUGACUUAUGUUAA